AUGCCUGCCUUCUUCAAGCAAAAUAAACCACAAAGUCCUUUUCAGGUUCGCCUGGAAGGUAAUGAUCCUUGUGCUGGCCGAAUCCAGAUCUUCUAUGAUGGUCAGUGGGGCCACGUAUGCAGCUACUCAUGGGACCAGCCUGAUGCUGAGGUGGUGUGUCGUCAGCUGGGCUGUGGUGCCGCUGUUUUUGCACCCCAUUAUAUCCACUCAGAAUCUCUACCUGAAGAUCAAAUAUUAACUGUUGUAAAGUGUUAUGGGAAUGAAACUAACCUGAGACAGUGUGACUCAAGAACUCGGGAUGAAAUAGUUUGUCAACAUAAGUGGGAUGCAGGUGUCAUUUGUGCAAGUGCUGUUAAUAUUUCAUUAGCAAGUGGAGCAAGUCCUUGUGCUGGGAGAAUGCUUAUAAAAACUUCCUCGGGUACAGCUACCUUCAGAGAUGAAGUGGUGAAAACGCCACUGGCCAAUGUCGUGUGCACUCAACUUGGAUGUGGAUCAGUUGUUUCAGUUAAAACAGAUGCUUACUUUGGAAUACAAAAUGUAAAUCUUUGGGUUUUCCCAAUUUACUGCAAUGGCAAUGAGUCACAUUUCUUGCACUGUUUUGUUUUUGCUACAAAUGUGACUCAUUCAAAUGAAAAACCUGAGAAACUGUCAGCUGGAAUGGUGUGCUCUGCUCACGUUGAGCCGAGACUGGUGAGCAGCAAGGAUCCCUGUGCUGGUCGUAUGGAGGUGCAAUUUGGAGAGACCUGGGGGACAUUUUGUGAUUUCAACUGGGAUAUUGAAGAUGCCAAUGUGGUCUGUCAUCAACUUCAAUGUGGGGUUGCAGUGUCCACCAGGACAGGAGUUUAUGGUGAAGGAAGUGGACCUGUAUGGAAUCGACAAUUUGAAUGUAACGGCAGAGAUGGCCCUCGCUUGGUGGGUGGCUCCUCAAGAUGUUCAGGAAGGGUGGAAGUUUUACAUAAAAAUGUCUGGGGAACACUUUGUGACAAGAAUCUAGACCUGAAAGCUGCUAAUGUGAUUUGCAGACAUCUUCUCUGUGGAGAAGCCAUUUCAACACCUUCAGAAGCAUAUUUUGGGGAAGGGAUGGGUCAAGUCUGGAAAGACACAUUUCUUUGUAAUGGGAACGAGUCCCGCCUGGAGCAGUGUGUGGUGUCUUGGGACAAAGCGCCUUGUGAUCACCGGAAUGAUGCCAGCAUCAUCUGUUCAGAUGCUGACUGGCAGCUUCAGCUGAAAGGUGGAGAAAGCCACUGUGAAGGCACAGUUCAAGUGAUGCUGAAUGGCACCUGGAGACAGAUUUUGGAUUCUGAAUGGGAUUUGCAGGAUGCCAGUGUAGUUUGUGCUCAGCUGAACUGUGGUCAGGCAGUUAUACCACAGAGCAUCUCCAGAUACAUUUCAGGAAGUGGCCCAGUCAUAUUAACUGACAUUAAUUGUGCUGGAGAUGAACUGUCCUUACAGAACUGCUCUUUUUUAGUUAUGUCUGAACACUUCAACAUCAGUGGCGGUGUGGGAGUUCUCUGCUCAGAGCACAACAAAGUUAGGCUGGCAGGUCACAGCAGCCAGUGUGCAGGAAGAGUAGAAGUGUACUACAAUGCCACCUGGGGGACAGUCUGCAGUAAUUCUUGGGAAUUGACUGAUGCACAGGUUGUGUGCAGACAGCUGGGAUGUGGGAAUGCAGUUCGCACUGCUGUCUCUGCAGAAUUUGGGAAAAGCUCUGGACCUGUGCUGCUGGAUGAAGUUAAAUGCUGGGGAAAUGAGUCGGCCAUUUGGAAGUGUCCUUCACGAAGCUGGGGUGAAAACAAAUGUCAGCACAAAGAUGAUGCAGGCGUUGUGUGCUCAGAAUUCAAAGAACUUCGUCUUCAUAGUUCUGAAUAUGUCUGUGCUGGAAAUCUGGAGAUCUUCUAUAAUGGGACAUGGGGAGAUGUUUGCUCUAAUGGAAUGGAUUCAACCGCUGUCAAUAUUAUCUGCCAGCAACUGGGAUGUGGAGAAAGUGGUUUACUGGAGGAGGGUCAAUCUGAUGGAGCAAGGAAUAAUGUAAAAUGGUUGGAUGGAGUGACCUGUCAUGGGCAUGAGGCUGUAUUAUGGCAGUGCUCCUCAAUUCCAUGGGGAGAAAAUAGGUGCCAGAAUGGUGAAGAGGCAAGGAUCCAAUGUUCAGGUGCUACUGGAAGAUCCCCCAUGACAGCUUCACCAGAAAGUGUCCCCAUGGCAGCUUCUGCACAAUUAGAAACCUGUGCUGGUGAUCAGAGUAAGUGGCUGCUCCCCUUUGGAGUGACUUGCCUAACUCUGGGUUUAUGUUUAUGUGCCGUGUCCUCUGUCCUAUUCAUCAAAACAUAUGCCAACAUCAAGAAACAAGGAUACCAUAACACAUAUUAUAAUGAGGCUGUGUAUGAACUAAUUGAGCUGAAGACGAAGGUUAAUUUGGAUGAAAAUUUCAGUACUUCAAACGGAGAUUCAACAGGUGAAAAUCAAAAUGUGGAGACUCCUGAGGAGCAGCUGAAUAUGGAAAUAGAAUAUGAUGACACUGAAGGGCAGGAUUACAUCAGUGUGAAAGGGGAUGACGACAGAGAUUCAACAGCUGAAAAUCAAAAUGUGGAGACUCCUGAGGAGCAGCUGAAUAUGGAAAUAGAAUAUGAUGACACUGAAGGGCAGGAUUACAUCAGUAUGAAAGGGGAUGACGAAGAGCCACUCACAGCUGGGUAUGAUGAUGUGGAACCCUUCGAUUCUGAUCAUAUGGAAGAACUGUCAACAUUUUAUGAUGAUGUUGAUGUGGAAGACUAUAACAAAUAG